AGACAUAUUGACUUCCUCUGUGAAUCGCGCUAUAACAGAUUCCGUUUCCUUUAUAGCCCUCUCCAUUUUCAGACAAGAGAAGAAGCGUCCUCAGCGCCGUUUCGAUCUGGUCAGCUCUCACGUCGCACCAAGAUGGAUUGGCAAGGGCAGAAGCUCGCGGAGCAGCUGAUGCAGAUAAUGCUCGUGGCGUCUGCUGUGGUGGCAUUCGCGACCGGUUACACCAUUGGGUCUUUCCAGAUGAUGAUCCUGAUAUACGCAGGCGGCGUCGUUCUGACCACGUUGGUCACCGUCCCGAACUGGCCCUUCUUCAAUCGCCAUCCGCUCAAGUGGUUGGACCCGACCGAAGCUGAGAAGCAUCCCAAACCGCAGCCCCAACAGCCCUCCUCGAGUUCAAAGAAGAAAUCUUCUAAGAAGUAGGCUUGUUCUAGUAGUUUCCUCAAAAGUCUACAGCCCUGUGAUUGUUCUUUUGAGCUUUGCAUGAAUGGAUUUUCAGAGGAUAGAUGGCCGAGAUUGUCAAGAAUUUAGACAAUAUCUGGAAUAGAAAAUUUUUGGACUCAA